CAAUGUUUGACGUGAGUAGGGAUGGCCGGUUAAAUAUAAUGUGAGCAAUUUGGCACAGGGUUAGUUUGUUUCAAAAUCGUCACAAUGAUGAACACGGUUAUUGUCUUGUCUGCCUUGGCGACGGUAUCCUUGACGCAACAGCAAGGUGAGCCGAUUCCGAUAGUGAGGUACGAGAAUGAAGGGGUUAAUGCAGAUGGAUCGUAUCAGUGGAGUUUGGAGACAGGCAAUGGCAUAGUAGCCCAAGAGCAAGGUCAGAUCAAAAACGCAGGUAGUGAAAACGAGGCGGCCGAAGUACAGGGUUCCUUCCAGUACCAAGCCCCUGACGGCACUCCAAUCUCAAUGAACUACAUAGCCAACGAAGGAGGCUUCCAACCUCAGGGAGAACAUCUUCCGACUCCACCUCCUAUUCCACCAGCGAUACAAAGGGCGCUGGAAUGGAUUGCCGCUCAUCCUGAACCAGAAGAAGCUCAGAGACCUCAGAGAGAUGUGCUCGCCAAACCUUUACCUCGACCUUUCCAAAAGACGAACCAGCGCGGGUUUAAUCGACAGUUCUGAGUCGGAUCUCAGUGGUCUUGACCUUUUUUUGACAUACCGUGUAGCUCAUAGAUAAUGAAAGGCUGGAAAUGCAAUUCGAACAGCGCAGAAUAUGACCAAAUGUGCAAAAACGUGGCAAAAUAGGUAAUGACAGCUUGACCAAAAUUGCUCUUAUUCUGCCGGUGUCUACAGUUAUCUGAUGCUCUAUGUAGGUAUGCCAAGUCAUGGCAUCAAUUGACAUCUAUGAGAUAUACGGUAAUUACGUCUGUGUAUAUAAUGUGUCUAAUAAAUUAAAUAAAUUCUAUACCGUACCUGUCA